GAAAUGACGUCAUUUAAGCUAGCCCUUUAUCGUGCGCUAAAUACGGACUGUUUAGGCUGCUAUCAAACGCAACGACACUGUUGCCUAUUAAUACAUACGUUUCAGUUUCGUCAGCGCUUCCAUUAUAAAAAAAGACAUGAAAGAGUAAUAAUUAAAUUAUUACACCACAUGCUCUAAAGAUCAAUGCGCGGCAGCACAUGUUGGCUAGUAUUCGUUAGCUUUGUUGCUUUUAGAAAGGAAUGGCAUGUAAAAAAGAGAAAACAUUUCAGUUUGUUAUUGUUGGAGGUGGCAUCGCCGGCGUGACGUGUGUUGAGCAGCUGUCAUCACAAAUUCCGUCUGCUGGCGUGGCUCUGAUUACUGCGGGUCCCCACAUCAAGGCUGUGACCAACUAUAAACAGGUGUCGAGGACCCUGGAGGAGUUUAACGUCGAGGAGCGACCAUCCAGUGUUCUGGAGGAGAAGUUUCCCAACCUCACUGUUAUCCACUCUGCUGUCAAAUCACUAAACACGCAGUCACAUACUGUAGAAACUGCAGAUGGUCGUGUUUUUGGUUAUAAGAAGCUGUGUAUCUGCAGUGGAGGCAGACCCAAACUUCUAACCCAAGACAACCCAUACGUGCUGGGAAUACGAGACACUGACAGUGCCAAGGUGUUUCAGAAGCAGUUAUCAAAUGCAAAGAGAAUCGUUAUUGUUGGAAAUGGAGGGAUUGCCUUGGAGUUAGUAUAUGAGGUGGAGGGUUGUGAGGUGAUCUGGGCUGUGAAGGACAAGGCCAUAGGAAACACCUUCUUUGAUGCAGGAGCAGCACAAUUCCUCAUCCCAUCAUUAGAAUCUAACAAAUCAGAGAGGGCUGCUCCCUGUAAGAGGCCUCGAUACACAACGGAGGAAGCAGCAGCAGCUGGAGCAUUACAAACAUUUACUGCAGAUAGGCAUUUACAAAGACAGGGAUCGGGUGUAACAGAACCUGGCAGCGCCCUUGGUCCAGACUGGCAUGAAGGAAUAGUCCUCAGAGGAGCAGAGCAAGUGUCCCGCAGAGUUUCUGUGGAAUAUGAAUGCGAGGUUGAAAAGAUCUUCACCUCCGAGGAGCUGCUCAAUUCCCCACAGCAAACACUCAGACCUGAGAAUGUAGGCACCUGGCCAGUUUACAUCCAGCUGAGCAACGGGCAGACAUUUGGCUGCGAUUUUGUUGUCAGCGCGAUCGGUGUCGUGCCAAAUACUGAGCCGUUUCUCCAUGGCAACAGUUUUGCAGUAGCUGACGAUGCUGGCCUGAAAGUGGACGACCACAUGGUGACGUCGGAGCCAGAUGUCUAUGCUGCGGGGGACGUGUGCACUGCAUGCUGGGAGCUCAGCUCACUGUGGCAGCAGAUGCGUUUGUGGACGCAGGCCCGUCAGAUGGGCUGGUACGCGGGCCGCUGCAUGGCUGCACACGUCCUGUCAGAAACAAUAGAACUGGACUUCUGCUUCGAACUCUUCUCGCAUAUCACGAAAUUCUUCAACUACAAGGUGGUCCUGCUGGGGAAGUUUAAUGCACAGGGCCUCGGGCCCGACCAUGAGCUGCUUGUUCGCUGCACCAAAGGCCAGGAGUAUGUCAAGGUUGUUCUCAGUGGAGGUAAGAUGGUGGGAGCGGUGCUGAUUGGAGAAACAGACCUCGAAGAGACAUUUGAGAACUUAAUCCUCAACCAGAUGGAUCUGACACCGUACGGAGAGGAGUUGCUCAACCCCAACAUUGACAUAGAGGACUACUUUGACUGACCACCAGGGAUGUGAGCAGCACUUCAGUCAGUGUUGAGCACAGCAAACUAAAAAGGUCAUGCAAAGCAGAGGACGCUAAUGAAGAAGUCAUGGUUCAUGGCCCAAGUUAAUGGGUUGUGGGAUUUCUUUUUUUAAAGUUUAGCCUAGUUCUUAUAAUUUUCUCUGGUAAAUCAGGCAGUUCUAUUUUGAAAUAAAAAAAUAGGUGCAUUACCUUUGUGACAUUCAAGGUUGUCAUUAGUUGUUUUUUGAAUGCAAAUCAUAGAAUCAUAGCCAAAACAGCAGUAGGCUGUGAGCUAAAUGAGUUUUUGUCAUAAUAACCCACUGUUUUCAUUGGCAGACAUUUUAUUUUUACUAAGAAGAAUGUAACAUGUACUGUGAUCACUUGUUGCUAUGUUGUCUUAGUAUGAAAUUUGAUCAGGGAUCACUAAGCAGCCACUGCAGCUCCUUCUGUGCCUCAGUGAGGAUUAUAACAAUAGACAUUAUCAAGCUGGAAAAAUAUAGUAUGUUGUUGAAAUGUCUGUGGGGACUUAGCUAGUUCACAUUUUUAAGGAAAGACAAUCAUUCGUUCUUUCUUUCGUAUCUCAAAUGAAAAUAUUUUUCCCGGAUGAAGAGUUUAUUGACUAAACGAUGGAAACCA